AAAUAAUUAUUAAAGUAACAGACAAAUUUUAGAAUGUUUGAAAAAAUUCAACUUUUUUCUAAUAUAAGUAAUAAUUUUUGACAAGCGAGGAACAAAAUUAAAUAUACAUUUGAAUUAACAGACCAUCUCAGAAUGAAUAGCAACACAUCAUCAAUCUUCAUGCAACAAUCAUUAGAUUUUCAAUUUCUAUCUGUUUGUCACUACAUUACUAUUUUUGGUAUUUAUUUUUACAACAAUGAUUUAAUUACACUUGAUGAGAAAAGUCAGUCUGUUCCUGUUUUAAAUACUCUGUUUGAGUAUUUAAAUAAAUCGAAAAAUGAAUCCGAGGCAAAAUUUCAACUUCUAAAAAAAGUACUAAAGGGAAGUGAUCUCUAUGGUGGUGGAGAAAAUGAAACACUUGACAUGAAAUACGUUGAUGAAACAUAUCAGUAUAUCAUUAGCGAGGCUCUAUUUUCUCAUUAUGGAAACAUUAAUGGAUAUUUGGCUAAAAUCAUUAACAUGGCUAAUAAUGUAAAUUAUUCGGUUCUUAAGGAGAAAGUGUUUCAGCAUCUUUCGGAAAAUUACACCAGUAGGGAAUAUUGUUCCAAUGAUAUUCCGUUAGGGAAUAACGGUUCCAAUAGUAUUCCUUUAGGGAAUUAUGGUUCCAAUAAUAAUUCAUCAGGAAAUUAUAGUUCCAUUAAUAUUUUGUCUGGAAAUUAUAGUUCCAUUAAUAUUCCAUCAGGAAAUUAUACUUCCAAAAGCAUUUCGUCAGGGAAUUAUAGUUUCCGUCUCAACGGUUUGACAAUUCAAAAAGUUUUUGAUAAUCACAUUUGGCCAAUUUUCCCUCAACCCGAACAAGACAUGAGCAUAAUGGAAGUGAAUUAUAUAUACGCAAUGGUAGGUUUAAAAAUCAUUAGAUCUGUAUCGGCUAUAUCUCCGAAUCUUACGUUUCAUGAAUAUAUUUUGAUUUCACGCGAGAUUGAUUUCAUUUAUUUUAAUAGCACAGCCUAUGAGAUGGCAUUAAAUUUAUUUUCAACACCAGCAUUAUUUUUCUACGCCUUUAAUCAAAAGGAGAAAUUCAAAGAAAGCAAUACACUAAAUAAUGAAUUUUGGAUUAGUGCCUAUAGAAAUUUAUUUAAAUAUAUUCGUUACAAAAUGUCAACUAUUGUAAAAGAUGACAUUAAUAGCAAUUUACAUUAUCAAUUGGAAAAACGAAUGAAUUCAUUAAAAAGUCGUUCGUACAUUGCCGCUGAAGUAAUUCGACUAUUUUGUGACUAUAAAACUAUUGCACAAGUAUCUUUAGUUCAUGUGGAAUUAUAUAAAACUUUACCAUUGGCAAUAUUUAGAACUACACUUCCUAAAGAAUGCAAUAUUGAAGAAGAUGAUUAUUUUCCCGAUUUAAAUGAAGUUUACGAUCAAUAUUUCAUUGACAUUGAAAUUCUAUAUAAUACAAUUGAGAGAAAUGCAAUAGAAAAAAUAUUAAUCGACAGUAAAUUAGCAGAGAAAAUGAAUUCAAAUGUUACCGUUGAACUUGGAAUUGUUCCUAAUUAUGAUAUGUUUAUGGCAAAUAUUCCACCAACCCUACGAAAGGCGAAUAAUGAUAUUUAUCUUUUAUUUGCCUUAAUAGAAAAAAAUAAGGAACCAAAUUUUUACGCUUUUAAACAAGAUAAUAAUAUUCUUUCUCUACUCACGUGUAAGGGAAAUGAACAACAAUUUGCCAAAGCUGUUGCUAAUGAUCCAACAAUAAAAAUGGAAGUUGCAAUAUUUUUCCGUACUCUCAAACUAUCUAAUGAAGAUUAUAGGGUAUUUAUUAAAAGAAUUGCUGAUAUAAAGACAAAACAAUUUAUACAAAGUUUGAAGAAAAAUUAUUACAAUGAGACGAUUGGUGAGAAAAUUAUAAAUUUGCUAAAAUCUCUUGUUCCAUUUUAUAAUUGUAUUGAAAGUGUAUGGGCAAAUGAUCAUAUUAACGCUGUAUUUAGUUGUACACUAGAUGCAUUGACUUUAAUUCCAGUUGGUGGUUUAGCUGUUAAAUAUAUAAGUAAAUUAACCGAAAGUUUAGCAAUGCAAAUUGGUAAAAAGUAUUUAAUUUCAAAUAUUAUUGCAAGGACAAAUAUUAUCGCGAAAUUACCAAUCGUUGAAGUAAUGAAGGAAUUUUCCAUAAUGACAUAUCGAACAAUUGCUAGCGAAAUUCUUACUAAACAAUUUUUAACCGAUUUCACGGUGACAUCGCUUCGAACAUUAGAUCCGGGAUUUGAAUUAUCAUAUCAAAUUGGUCGAUUUAGUUAUCGGACUUUAUGUAGAAUGUUCAAAAAUUUAGUUUCUAAUUUUAAAAAAAUUCCAGAGUUUAAAAAUAUCGUGUUAUUUGGAAAAUCUUUAUUGAAGAAGAAUUUCGUCUUCGAAGAAUUGGUUUUAGCCAAAAGUAACGAUUACGAAAUUGUUAGAUACUAUUAUCCAGGUGGAUUCAACUUAUUUGGACCUAAAUGUUUAAUUGCCGCUGGAAAAACAAUGGAAUUAAGAAGUAUCGAGGGUUAUUCAUUUCCCUUACCAGUAGUGAGGGAGGGAAAUUACUAUAAAGAAUACAUUCCUGAAAUUGGUGAAAGUAAAGGUAAAUUAAAAAUGGACAAUUGGGACACUCUCCGACGGGUUAAUUCUAUAAUUAAUGAAUUAAUUUUCCAAGGUGGAGAUAUUGGGAAAAUUCAUAAUUAUCAUGUCUAUUAUAAUAGGGUAAAUUGGCAGAAAAUAUCAACUAAAGGAAGAGUAACGGAAAAUGUAAAUCAGCCAGCAGAGGGAAAUUAUGCACCACGAUCACCGGAAUUACCGGAAAGUUCAGCGAAUACAAGACAACAGAAUUUGGAAUCUAAUCAAUUAUCAAAUUCUGAUUUACCUAGCACUUCAAGAAAUCAAAAUUCAAAUCUUCCUAAAGUAACAAGUGUUGAAUAUUUAGAAACAUUGACAGGAAGUCUAGCAGGACACAAUUUUCCUACUCCAAAAUUAGAACACAAUUAUCCCCAAGCACUCGAUGCAUUGCGUACAAUGACUGCAAAAUAUUUUUCCACCGAUGGAAUUGUUGGAAUUAAAGUCGGUUGGAAUGUUCCCGAAUUAAAACGAAAAUUAACACCAAUUGAUUAUUCUGAAUAUCGUCAUAAAAAAUUUCGUCCCAAUAAUUUAGAAAUGAUUACAAGUCCUCGUGAUUCGGUGAAAUCAUCACUAAAACAGGAAAUUGAUUUAAGUCCAUUAAUUGAAACAAUUAAUGAAAAUGUUCCAGAAUCAUUUUUAAAUCAGAUAAAGGAAACAAAAUUGGAUACAAAUCCAGAAACAUUUUUAUAUCAUCAACAGCAAAUAGAAGAACUUGACAAUAUUCCCGGAACAUCGAAACAAUUAAUUAACAAUGUACCAAAUGAUUUGCUAAAUAUAAUAGGAACUUCAACAUUUAUAAAAUAUCGUGAUAUUUUAAUGACAUUUAAAAAUUAUGGUAUGCCAUUAAUCAAAAGAAAUAAAAUGAAAAUAAAUUUACUACGUACAACGUGUAAUGAAUUGGCACUUUUGCAAUUGAAUCAAAAAUUUCCACUAAAAGUACCGUCUAAAUUAUGGUACACUCAAAUAAUUCGUGGUGAAUAUAAUAUUAAUUUUGUUAAAACAUUAAAGGGAAAAACAUUUUUUUUCAAUGAUAUCACAAUGUUGAGUGCUGAACCACCAAAAGCAAUGGUGGGUAGAAAAUUAAAAGAAUUUCCCAUUGAAAUUGAAGUACGUUAUCAUUUGACAAUUGAUUCUUCCUAUGGAUUUGUUGAUAUAACACAAUUUCAUGAGGAAUUUAAAAAUAAUUACAUUAUAUUCAAUGAUGUUUUAUUUACAGUAACUGAAAUUUUCUACACACCAAGGGAUAAAAUUUUAAUAGUACAUCUUAGAAAUCAUGGAAUUGAUGAGAAUUUAUGGAGGGAAUUAAGAAAUAAAAAUAAUAUUUUAGGAAUUGAAAAUCAAAUCACCGAAUCAACACGUAUGGAGACAAUUGGUAAGGCAGCGAAUUUUUUGUGUGAAAACACACUUAUGUGUCGAUAUACAACAUCAAAGGAUAUAUUCUCAACAUAUAUACUAAAUACAAAUCCAAGUAGCACUAGUCUUGUGCCAACUUACAAUAAAUUUGCCCACGAUUUAAUGUAUAUGCAAUUUCAAUAUCCCUACGAUGAUUGGCGAAUUGAGAAUCAUCAUUACAUUCAAGAUGUUCUUCUAAAUCAAAAUUUAGAUCAAAUCACCGAAUUAUCUACCGCAAAACGAAAAAUUCAAUUCAUAUACAGUUCCGUCUAUUUACAAAAUAUUGAAGAAGCAUUUCUAAAUUAUAAAUUAUUAAUCAAUGCCGAACAACAAUUACGAUUUGAAGAUUACUAUGUAUUGUAUUCACAUCUUAAACAUCGUUUAGUCGAAAAUAAAGAUGGAAUAAGACGUUUAGAGGCAGCAAUUAAUCGUAUUGGUUUAAGACAAUGUAAUGAUGAUUUUAUUUAUAAAUCAAUUAAAUUAUAUCGUGGUGAAAUAAUUAAUAGUGAACUGUCACCAAAUAUUGUUAAAUCAUUUAUGGAUAAUAAAAUUGUUGUAUUUGAUAAAAUUUUAAUGUUUACACGUACGCGUGAUAUUGAGGAAUUAAAUUGUUUAAAACAAACUGGAAAAUCAUCGGAAUUCCCAGUGCUAAUGGAAAUAACAUUAACAAAUCAAGCUGGUGUUGUUGAUUUAAAUCGUGUUAUUAAACAAAAUAAUAAUUACAAUAAUUUUAUACAUAUAUUUAAUUCAAAAUUUCAAUUUAUAAUUGAAGGUAUGCGUUAUGCUAAUAUACGUGGUAGAAAAGUAUUGGUUAUUGAAAUGCGUGAUUAUGAAAGUCCAACGGAAACAAGAAUGGUACGAAUGGCAAAUAAAUUACAUGAUUUAUUUUCAACAAAUACUAAAUUUUAUUCAGAUUUAAAGUAAAAAAUUAAAUAUUCAAUUGAAAUUUAGA